CUCCUACUCGCUUCCAAGUUCCAAGUCCAACCUUCAAUUAACAACAGUCGCUCUCUCUCUCUCUCCCUCUAGUCUUCCCACCCCCCGGAGGACCCGACUGAUUAAACGAGCUUGAAAACAAUGGCGUCGGAGAACCACAAUUCCGGAUCCGGAUCUACAUUCGACGGCGAAGCUCCUUCAAAACCUAAAGUUGCGCUGAUUACCGGAAUUACGGGGCAAGACGGUUCGUACUUGACGGAGUUUCUGCUCCACAAAGGGUACGAGGUGCACGGCCUGAUCCGGCGGUCCUCCAACUUCAACACCCAGCGCAUCAACCACAUCUACAUCGACCCCCACAACACCCACAAGGCCCGCAUGAAGCUCCACUACGCCGACCUUACCGACGCCUCCUCGCUCCGCCGCUGGGUCGACACGAUCCUCCCCGACGAGGUCUACAACCUCGCCGCCCAAUCUCACGUCGCGGUCUCCUUCGAGAUCCCGGAUUACACCGCCGAUGUCGUCGCCACCGGCGCCCUCCGCCUACUCGAGGCCGUCCGGUCCCACAUCGCCGCCACUGGACGUAGCCACAUCCGAUACUACCAGGCCGGAUCUUCAGAGAUGUUCGGGUCGACCCCGCCUCCCCAGUCUGAAACGACGCCGUUCCAUCCCCGAUCCCCAUACGCCGCGUCCAAAUGCGCCGCUCAUUGGUACACCGUGAACUACCGCGAGGCGUAUGGGAUAUAUGCGUGCAAUGGGAUACUCUUCAAUCACGAGUCGCCGCGGCGGGGCGAGAACUUCGUGACGAGGAAGAUCACGCGUGCGGUGGGACGGAUCAAGAUCGGCCUCCAGAACAAGCUCUUCCUGGGGAAUCUCAGCGCCUCCAGGGACUGGGGAUUCGCCGGGGACUACGUGGAGGCAAUGUGGAUGAUGCUGCAGCAGGAGAAGCCGGACGACUACGUGGUUGCGACGGAGGAGUCGCACACGGUGGAGGAGUUCUUGAAAGUGGCAUUUGGGUAUGUGGGGUUGAAUUGGAAGGACCAUGUGAUGAUCGACAAAAGGUAUUUCAGGCCGGCGGAGGUGGAUAAUCUGAAAGGGGAUGCAAGCAAGGCCAAGAAGGCGCUUGGAUGGAAGCCAAAGGUGGGGUUUGAGCAGUUGGUGAAGAUGAUGGUUGAUGAGGAUGUUGAAUUGGCCAAGAGGGAGAAGGUGCUCGUUGAUGCUGGCUACAUGGAUGCUCAGCAACAACCCUGAUCAGCCAUAUUACUCCAAUUUUGGUUCACAUCCGAUCUGCGCCAAGUUCAAUCUACUAGUCAGUACUGAAUAGAUUUGAUUCAGUAAUUUAUAUAGUUAUGGUGUUUUGAAGUUCAUGUCAUCAUUUGUUUGAUUUCCUGUACCCCCCAUUUAUUUGAUUCUAUCAAAUCCAUACAUGUUCAAUUGUUGUCUGCACCCA